AUGAACCCUAAGGGCAAGACCUCUGGAGAAAUGACCCCCACAAAAGACUCGCCAUCGAUCUCUAGAAAGUCCGAGAAUAUCAACCCAAAUGUUACCAGUCCUGGUUUGAGAAUUUUGAAUUCGCCAUUACAAAAAUCGGCAACAAAGCCCCAAAAAUCUGCUUCUAAAAACCCUAACCCGGUGGUCUCUCCAUUGCCGCAGAACAAGAUUCGAGGAAGAAAGUUCUUGGUGGCGAAGAAGAACUCGAAGAAAGAGAAAGUGAAUUCUUCAACUGUGACUUGUAAGUGUAAUGUUGGUGGUGGUCAGUCACAAAAGUGUCUUUGUGUUGCCUAUGAGAGUCUUAGGGCUUCGCAAGAAGAGUUUUUCAAGAACCGGAGUUCACAAAAGUGUCUUUGUAUUGCCUAUGAGAGUCUUAGGGCUUCGCAAGAAGAGUUUUUCAAGAACCGGAGUGUUGUAGAUGUUGAAAAUGAGUCCGAAAAGUUAAAGAAUUCAGAAAGAACUGCGAUUGAAAUUGAAGAAAAAGAAGAAGUAGAAGAGGAGAAGAAUUAUAUAGUUCGAAAUACUAAUAAUGGGAAUGGGUUUGGAGGGAAAAUAGAGGAAGAUGAUUUAGAUAAGCAUGAUUCAGAUGAGUUUGAGGUGNAUUCAGAAAGAACUGCGAUUGAAAUUGAAGAAAAAGAAGAAGUAGAAGAGGAGAAGAAUUAUAUAGUUCGAAAUACUAAUAAUGGGAAUGGGAUUAGAGGGAAAAUAGAGGAAGAUGAUUUAGAUAAGCAUGAUUCAGAUGAGUUUGAGGUGUCUAGUGAAGUGGGUAGCGUAAAUAUUAAGAGAAGGAGGGACAAGUUGUUGGAAGAAGCAAGAGAGAGAGCGCCAGAACCUGGGGCUGGAAGAGUAUUGGAGUUGGUUAAGGCCUUUGAGCAGUUACUUUCGAUACCAAAGUCAAAGGACUCGGAUCAAAAAGAAGAAAAGGAAUUGGAAGAUACUAAGAAAGGAAUUAAAUGGGCAUUGCCAGGAUUGCAACCUACUGAGGUUCCUGAAACACAGGUCUCUGCAUCUUCUUUCUGUCCAUCAGAUUUUUUCAUCACAUCAGAGAGCUUAGGUUUGGAUUCACGUGUUUGCUCUUCAUUGGACAGCAGCCAAGGAAGUAUUUCAAGCAGGACCUCUGGUGGAGGUCGGAGGAGCCGUCGAAAUAGCACUGAGUCAUCUGGGACCUUUGGUGGAAGACACUGGAAGAGGAGACAGCUCAGAGCAACCAGCCAGAAACCUUUCAAGCUUAGAACAGAGCUAAGGGGAAGGUCUAAGGAGGAAGAAUUCGUCAAGAAAGUACAGCAAAUGAUGGAGGAGGAGGAAAAACAGCGGAUACCAGUUGCUCAAGGGCUCCCAUGGACAACAGAUGAGCCAGAGUGCUUGGUAAAACCUCCUGUGAAAGAAUCUACGAAACCCAUUGAUUUGGUGUUGCACAGUGAUAUCAGGGCUGUGGAGCGUUCUGAGUUUGAUCAUCAGGUGACAGAGAAGUUGAACUACAUUGAACAAUACAAGAUGGAAAGGGAGAGGCAGGAGAAGGUAUAUAAGCAUAAAAGUUUUGUGAUUUUUUGCAGUGUUUUCAAUUGGUCGUCUAGUUUACUAUGCAUACUUGUAUAUUGUUCUGUUGAUGUUAUAGUUGGCGGAAGAGGAAGAAAUACGGAGGCUGAGAAAGGAGCUUGUUCCAAAGGCGCAACCCAUGCCCUACUUUGAUCGGCCCUUCAUUCCCAGAAGGUCAAUGAAGCAUCCCACCAUACCUAGGGAGCCCAAGUUCCAUAUAUCUCAAAAUAAGAAGAUCAAGUGCUGCACGCAGUCUUGGAACGACUUGUAUGCAUCCCACCAGCAGUGGGAUGUGUAGGGACAUGACGAGAUGAAAAACUUUUCAAAUUUUUUAGUUCAUUUGUAAUCGAUUUCCAGUAAUGUUCUCUUGUUUGUAUAUGAAGCAAUAAGUAUGUUACAAUUUUGGGAAACAAUCAGGCUGUGGCUGGCACAAUUGUGUGCCUGCCAUCUUAAUGAAAGUUCCAUGGUGAUAUGUUCAGGGGCCAAACAGCAACGAGUUUAAAUAAUUUACGUGAUUAAAGAUCAAGUCCAAUGCUUAAGGCACCAAUGUAAACCUGCAAAGUGG